CUCUUUGCCUCUUCGCUCUGCCGCAUCUCCUUAACCCUGUUUGAUCGGCCGCCCAAGGGCUCCUAAAGUGUAGUUCUGGAUCGCUGGUUCUCUUUUAUUGCGGAUUUCCCUCAUAUUAUCAUAGUAAAACCAAACCAAUUGUUUUUGGAUCGGUUCCAGAUUUUGUAGUUUCGAUAGAUCCAAAGUAGGAGCGUGGGGCUUCCUCUCUUUAUUUCUGAUUUAUUCAAGAUCUAAGCUGUUGACAUGGCAUCAUCAACAGCCGGGGUCACAGGUUGGUACAGAGGAAAAGUGAAAGCUGUUCCUUCCGGAGACUGCUUGGUUAUCAUGGCGAUGACUGCGAACAGGCCUGGACCGCCACCUGAGAAGACCCUUACUUUGUCAUCCCUUAUUGCUCCAAGACUGGCCCGUAGAGGUGGUGUUGAUGAGCCAUUUGCCUGGGAAAGCAGAGAGUAUUUGCGAAAACUAUGCAUAGGAAAGGAGGUUGCGAUGAGAGUGGAUUACACUGUACCAUCCAUAGGGCGAGAAUUUGGCUCUGUUUUCCUUGGUGAAAAAAAUGUUGCUUUGCUGGUGGUUUCUGAAGGCUGGGCAAAGGUCAGGGAGCAGGGUCAGCAGAAAGGAGAAGCGAGUCCUUUCCUUCAAGAACUGCUACGUCUGGAAGAUCAAGCUAAGGAACAAGGUCUUGGUCGCUGGAGCAAGGUUCUGGGUGCUGCAGAGGCAUCUAUCAGAAAUCUGCCACCUUCUGCUAUUGGUGAUCCUAGCAACUUGGAUGCCAUGGGGUUGUUAGCUGCAAACAAGGGCAGACCCAUGCAAGGUAUUGUCGAGCAGGUUCGUGAUGGCAGUACCAUCCGGGUUUAUUUGCUUCCGGAUUUUCAGUUUGUCCAAGUGUUUGUUGCAGGAAUUCAGGCCCCAUCUAUGGGAAGAAGAGCCAUAACUGAAAUUGCUGCUGAAACAGAGGGCAAGACUGAAGAACCAAAUGGAGAUGUUUCCGCUCAAUCUCGAGCUCCUCUAACAUCUGCACAGAGGCUUGCAGUCUCAGCAGUAUCAUCUGCUGAAGUUGCUGCUGAUCCAUUUGCUGUUGAAGCCAAAUAUUUUACUGAGCUUCGUGUUUUGAGCAGAGAUGUUCGUAUUGUCCUGGAAGGUGUUGACAAAUUCAGCAAUUUGAUUGGAUCAGUAUACUAUCCUGAUGGGGACUCAGCAAAAGACCUGGCACUGGAGCUUGUUGAGAAUGGCUUAGCUAAAUUUGUUGAAUGGAGUGCAAAUAUGAUGGAGGAAGAUGCCAAACGAAGGCUGAAGACUGCAGAGCUUCAAGCCAAGAAAAGCAGGUUGAGGAUCUGGACGAACUAUGUGCCUCCAGCAACAAAUUCAAAGGCAAUCCAUGACCAGAAUUUCACAGGAAAGGUGGUGGAGGUAGUAAGUGGGGACUGCAUUAUUGUUGCUGAUGAUUCUGUACCUUAUGGCAGUCCAUUAGCAGAGCGGCGAGUCAAUCUGUCAAGUAUUAGGUGUCCAAAAAUGGGUAAUCCUCGCAGAGAUGAAAAGCCAGCUCCCUAUGCACGUGAAGCAAGGGAGUUUUUAAGAACACGACUUAUUGGCCGACAAGUGAAUGUUCAAAUGGAAUAUUCUAGGAAAGUGAGCAUGGCAGAUGGAUCGGCUGCUGCUACUGGGAUUGCAGAUUCCAGAGUAAUGGAUUUUGGUUCAGUUUUCCUCUCGUCGCCAAUUAAGGUUGAGGGGGAUGAUACCCCCUCACCUGCUGCACCCACUCCUGGCAGCCAACCUGGUGUGAAUAUUUCUGAACUUGUGAUUGCACGUGGCUUUGGUACUGUUAUUCGGCACCGAGAUUUUGAAGAGAGAUCAAACUAUUAUGAUGCCCUUCUUGCUGCUGAAUCCCGUGCCAUUGCUGGGAAGAAGGGUCUCCAUUCAGCCAAGGAUCCUCCAGUCAUGCAUGUUACAGACUUGCUAAUGGCACCGGCCAAGAGAGCUAGAGAAUUUUUGCCAUACCUACAAAAGAGUAGGAGAAUUCCUGCUCUUGUGGAAUAUGUCCUCAGUGGUCACCGAUUUAAAUUGCUGAUUCCCAAGGACACGUGCAGCAUUGCAUUCUCAUUCUCUGGUGUGAGGUGUCGUGGUCGUGAUGAGCCCUAUUCUGAUGAAGCGAUUUCACUAAUGAGAAGAAAGAUUAUGCAAAGAGAUGUUGAGAUUGAAGUUGAAACUGUUGAUAGAACUGGAACUUUCUUGGGAUCCAUGUGGGAAUCAAAGACAAAUCUUGCAGUGACGCUCCUUGAAGCUGGCCUCGCAAAACUUCAAACUUCCUUUGGUAGUGAAAGGAUCCCUGACAUUAACCUUCUUGAACAAGCUGAGAAAUCUGCUAAAAGCCAAAAACUGAAAAUUUGGGAGAAUUACGUUGAAGGGGAAGAAGUGUCUAAUGGUGCAGCUGUUGAAAGCAAACAGAAAGAAGUACUAAAGGUGAUGGUUACAGAAGUCUUGGGUGGUGGUAAAUUUUAUGUUCAGACAGUUGGGGAUCAGAAAGUUGCCUCGAUUCAACAACAGCUUGAUUCUUUAAAUCUUCAAGAAGCUCCAGUAGUUGGUGCUUUUAAUCCUAAAAAGGGUGACAUAGUCCUUGCUCAAUUUAGUGCUGACAAUUCCUGGAACCGAGCAAUGAUCGUCAAUGCACCUCGAGUAGCUGUGGAAUCUACACAAGACAAGUUUGAAGUUUUCUACAUUGAUUAUGGGAAUCAAGAAUUUGUUGUGUACAGUCAGUUACGGCCUCUUGAUCCUUCCGUGUCUUCUGCAUCUGGUUUUGCUCAACUAUGUAGCCUUGCUUUCGUAAAGGUUCCAAGUUUGGAGGAAGAUUUUGGUCAAGAAGCAGCUGAGUAUCUGAGUGAGCACACAUUGAAUGGUUCAAAAGAGUUCAGGGCCAAGGUUGAGGAAAGGGAUACUUCAGCUGGAAAAGUUAAAGGACAGGGAACUGGGACCACCCUUAUUGUAACUCUUGUGGCUGUGGAUGCUGAAAUCAGUAUAAAUGCUGCCAUGCUUCAGGAAGGACUUGCUAGACUAGAAAAGAGAAAGAAAUGGGAGAGCAAGGAAAGACAGUUGGCCUUGGAUAAUUUGGAGAAGUUCCAGGAAGAAGCACGGACUGCUAGGCGAAGGAUGUGGCAGUAUGGAGAUAUCCAAUCAGAUGAUGAGGAUACAGCGCCUCCUGCUAGAAAGGCUGGUGGCCGGCGAUGAGUUCCAUGGUAAUUUGAAAGAUAUAGCAACUCAGCCAGCCUAAGAUGAGUCUAAUUAGUCCUUAUCAGCUGCUUCUUAAUGCAUGCGAACAAACAGAAGUGACAACCGAAACUUGCGUUAAGUUUUGUUUCUGUUUUUGUUCUUCGUUUUCCAUUUUUUGUUUUAAAUUUAUUGUUAGGCGAGGGACUCUUAUUUGUUUUUUCAAAAAAAAAAAUGUCGUAAUAAGGUUAAUGUUAUCCAGUUUCCUUGCAGAAUCAUCGUGGACAGUUUUUUCCUUUUAAAGUUGAAAGGCUGUGCUAGUGUUGGGUUUCUUGAUCUCAACUUAAAUAACUUAAAAGUCUUUUAAGUUCUCAA